UGAAUUUACUCGUUGAAAAACAACAUAUGUAAACACUAUUUUAGAACAGACAAGAUGCCUCUUAUUGUGAAAGAUUAUUCAUGGGAGCAAACUGACAAAGUUCUUUUUAUAACUGUUCCUUUGAAGGGGGUUAAAGCAAGCAAGGUCGACAUAUUUUCUUCAGAGGAAUACUUGAAGAUCAGCUACCCUCCCUACCUGUUUGAAUGUUUCCUGUAUGCACCUGUGCGGGACACAGACAGUGUGGCCCAGGUAGGAAAUGGUGCUGUCAUCUUUAAACUGCUGAAACAAGAUGCCGACAAAUGGCCUCAACUGCAGUCGGACAUUAUAGGUGAUAAAGAAGCCAUGAAGAUGAAGAGAGAAGAAUCUUUUGCUAAGGCUGAAGAGAGAGCAAAGGUUGAGAAAAAGAUGAAGGAUGAAGUGAAACGAGAAAAUGAACAGUAUGCUCUGAAAGAAAUCAUGAAGGCAGAGGAAGCUGAGAGAGCUCGAGUAGAGGAGGCAAAAGAGUCAGAGCGACGGAAGGCCACAGAGGAGCUGGAGAAUUGGAAAGAGGAACAAAGGCAGGCAGCAGAAUUGGAGAAGCAGAGAUUACUUGAGGAGCGGCGAAAGGAAGAGGCUUUGGAAAGGGAGAGAAGAAAGGUGGUUGAGAGGCAGCAGCGCAGACAAACACGAGGCAAGAAGGCAAGCAUAUUUGAGGAGAAUGCAGAGGGCGCCCCGCGUCGACAGGUGGGGAAGAUCGAGGUCUCAUUCACAGAGCGCGCAUUUCCAACACCUGAGAGGGAGUCUUGCCGGCCCCUAGAAGAUGAGUGGUUGAAAAAGCAGGCAGAGGCACGCAGGAUUGUGGAGCUUGAGGACGAGAACCUGACAGAGGAGGAACGUAACCCAGUCUGGCUCCGGGACAAGGGAAAUGAGUUCUUCAAGGCUGGCAAUUUUGAGGCAGCAGUGAAUGUCUACACCCAUGCCAUCAGACUGAGUCCAAACCUGUACUCAUGUUACUCAAACAGGGCAGCUUGCCAUCUGAAGAUGAGGAAUUUCUUCAAAAGUAUAGAAGAUUCUUCAAAGGCACUGGAGUUGUUGGUGCCUGCAGUGCAGCAGAAUGCAGACAGCCGUCUGAAGUGCCAUGUACGGCGGGGCACAUCUUUCUGUGAACUGGAGAUGUAUGUGGAAGGUCUGCUGGACUAUGAGGCUGCCCUCAAGAUUGACCCCAACAAUGAGCAGCUGAAGGCAGAUGCGGAGAACAUCAGACACAUCAUACAAACAGAGACGGUCAGCUGAGAGACACCUGAAUUAAAACCUAGAUUGAAUCUUACAAUAUCAUACUUGUGAUGGCUGUGUUUAAAUGCAAGGAAUGCAUGUCUUUUUUUGUCUUCCAAGUAUGCAUGUUAAAUAAACAACAUGACUGAAA